AUGUUUGGGGCUAAUCUCACCAUCUUCCAUCCCACUGUGUUCAUCCUACUUGGCAUCCCUGGACUGGAGCAAUACCACACCUGGCUUUCUGUUCCUUUCUGCUUCAUGUACAUCACUGCAGUCUUGGGAAAUGGAGCCCUCAUCCUGGUUGUUCUCAGUGAGCGCACCCUGCAUGAACCCAUGUAUGUUUUCCUGUCCAUGCUGGCUGGCACCGACAUCCUGUUGUCUACCACCACAGUGCCCACGGCCCUGGCUAUCUUCUGGUUCCAUGCUGCGGAGAUAGCCUUUGAUGCCUGCAUUACUCAGAUGUUUUUCAUUCAUGUUGCUUUUGUGGCUGAGUCAGGAAUCUUGCUGGCCAUGGCAUUUGACCGCUAUGUGGCCAUUUGUACUCCCUUGAGAUAUACAACCAUCUUAACUCCUAUGACCAUUGGAAAAAUAACCUUGGCCAUCUGGGGACGGGGCAUUGGGACCAUUUUCCCUAUCAUAUUCUUACUGAAGAGACUGCCAUACUGCCAGACAAAUAUCAUUCCCCACUCAUAUUGUGAGCAUAUUGGCGUGGCCCGAUUGGCCUGUGCUGACAUCACUGUCAAUAUCUGGUAUGGUUUCUCUGUGCCAAUGGCUUCAGUUUUGGUGGAUGUUGCACUCAUUGGUGUUUCCUACACGUUGAUCCUCCGAGCUGUGUUUAGACUUCCUUCCCAGGAUGCCCGGCAUAAGGCGCUCAAUACCUGUGGUUCACACAUUGGGGUUAUUCUCCUCUUCUUCAUCCCAUCCUUCUUUACUUUCCUGACCCACCGCUUUGGCAAGAACAUCCCCCACCAUGUCCACAUCCUUCUGGCAAAUCUCUAUGUGUUAGUUCCUCCCAUGCUUAACCCUGUAAUCUAUGGAGCAAAGACCAAGCAAAUAAGGGACAGUAUGGCUCACAUGUUAUCUAUUGGGGGGAAGUCUUGA